GACCGUCGUUUGAAGAGCCGUUUCCUCUCUCUGAGUCUGAUAUAUAAAACAUGUCGUCGACAUCAGUUUGCUGCGUUGUGAUUUUUAUUCAAUCUCAUCAUCGUCAUCGACGACCCACACAACACAAAUCAAAAUAUAUAAAGAUAGAGAGUGACUGAAGGAGAGCAAAACAUGGCGAUUGUUUCCGUCUCUAACUCUUUUCUCACCUUCAAUUCUCCCAAUCAGCUCCGAUUUAACCGGAGAGGAGUCUCAGCCAUGGCUUCUUCAGCUACUGGAGUAAGAGUCGCNAUGGCUUCUUCAGCUAGUGGAGUAAGAGUCGCAGAAGGACAAGGCAAUUUGCCAAAACUCGUCCUCACUUCUCCUCAGAACAGUGAGGCUGAGAUAUAUCUCUUUGGAGGAUGCAUAACAUCUUGGAAAGUUGCGAGUGGUAAAGAUCUUCUUUUCGUCAGACCAGACGCUGUCUUCAAUAAGAUUAAGCCCAUUAGCGGAGGGAUUCCACAUUGUUUUCCCCAGUUCGGACCUGGACAAAUUCAACAGCAUGGGUUUGGAAGGAACAUGGACUGGUCUGUUCUUGAUUCCGAUAAUUCUGAUGACAAUGCCGCUGUUACUCUUGAGCUCAAGGAUGGUCCGUAUAGUCGAGCCAUGUGGGACUUUGGUUUCCAGGCUCUAUUCAAGGUCAUUGUUGGCGCCGACUCCCUUUCCACCGAGCUUAAGAUAACCAACACAGACAAUAAAGCUUUCUCUUUCACCACUGCCCUUCAUACUUACUUCCGUGCUUCUUCCGCUGAGGCAUCUGUGAGAGGACUAAAGGGUUGUAAAACUCUCAAUAAGGAUCCUGACCCUAAAAACCCAAUACAGGGUAAAGAAGACAGAGAUGAAGUCACUUUUCCUGGAUUCUUGGAUUGCGUCUAUCUUGAUGCUCCUAAUGAAUUGCUGUUGGAUAAUGGCUUGGGUGAUAAAAUAAUCAUCAAAAACACAAAUUGGUCGGAUGCGGUCUUGUGGAACCCGCAUACUCAGAUGGAGGCUUGUUACAGAGACUUUGUGUGCGUUGAAAAUGCAAAGCUUGGGGAUGUCAAGCUAGAGCCAGGACAGUCUUGGACCGCAACACAGCUUCUCAGCAUUAGUUGAAAACAAUGUACUUUAAAACUUCUGUUAUAAUGUCAGGUUCUUGAGCAAUAAAAGUUUUUAUUCCU